CCAAUUCACUUCAUUGAGCGUUGGCGCGCAACCAAGUCUCUGCCUCUCCUCUGCUCUGUGGGGUUUGCUAUUAAAUUGAAAUGAAGUUUCAAAAACCAAAAGGACUAAGACAAAUAAACCCCCAGAGUAAAUGUUUACCAAUUUUAGGAGGUUUUGGUGGCAUUGGAGAUGGUGAAGAAGGACAGGAAUGCGAAAAAAAGCAAGAGAGGGGCAGCUUUUUUGGGUGCUGUGGUGGUGGUGUUGCUAGCCACAGCACUCACCUCCACAAGAACUGCCUCUAAACUCAACCUCUCUCUCUUUUUCAAGAACCCCAAUUCCUGCCGCUGUUCUCAGGAUUCAAAAGGGUACACAGGCAUUGUGGAGGAUUGCUGUUGUGAUUAUGAAACAGUGGACAGUGUUAAUGCAGAAGUGUUGUAUACUCUGCUACAAGAGAUUGUUAAAACUCUAUUUUUCAGAUAUUUCAAGGCCAAGCUGUGGUGUGACUGCCCCUUUUGGACAGAAGAUGGUAUGUGCCUCUUGCGUGACUGCAGCAUCUGUGAAUGCCCAGAAAAUGAAUUUCCAGAACCUUUUAAGAGUCCCUUGCUCCAGGGCCUUGCACCUGACAGUUUUGUGUGUCAAGAGGGAAAGCAGCAGGGGACUGUUGACCGGACGCUAGACAGUAGAGCUUUCAGAGGCUGGGUUGAGACAGAUAAUCCUUGGACAAAUGAUGAUGAGACGGAUAAUGGUGAGAUGACAUAUGUGAACCUUCUUUUGAACCCUGAACGUUACACUGGCUAUGCUGGUCCAUCACCGAGAAGGAUAUGGGAUGCUGUGUAUUCUGAAAAUUGCCCGAAAUAUUCAUCUCAGGACAUUUGCCAGGAGAAAAAAGUAUUAUACAAAUUAAUAUCUGGUCUUCACUCCUCAAUUUCGAUCCACAUAGCUGCUGAUUAUCUUCUUGAUAAGACUACUAAUCUGUGGGGUCAAAAUCUGGAGCUGAUGCAUGAUCGCGUUUUGAAAUAUCCUGAUCGUGUCCAAAAUUUGUACUUCACAUUCCUCUUUGUUCUCCGUGCAGUGACUAAAGCAGCAGAUUACUUGCAGCAGGCUGAGUAUGACACUGGUAAUCAUGAGGAAGACCUGAAACAGUCUUUGAUGAGGCAGCUACUCUACAAUCCUAAACUCCAAGCUGCCUGUCCUCUACCAUUUGAUGAAGCAAAGCUCUGGAAAGGUAAUAGUGGACCCCAACUGAAGCAACAGAUUCAAAACCAAUUCAGAAACAUUAGUGCCUUAAUGGAUUGUGUGGGCUACGAGAAGCGUCGGCUUUGGGGAAAGCUUCAGGUUCUUGGUCUGGGUACUGCAUUAAAUAUCCUCUUUUCUGUUGACGGCCAAAAUCAUCCAAAUCAACCUAACAUUGUGCAAGGAGGGUAGAUUGUUGAUCCUCUUAUACAAGCAAUCGGCAUAUGAAAAGCAUGGGGGUUACUGUCGACCGGGCUGAGGUUUGGGAAGCUUAUAAUUACAAAUGUAAGUUGAUCCCCCAAUCUUCAAAUACCAAUUUUGGAAGCAGUGCAAAGCAUAUGUCACACACUGAUUCGUUGACCAUGUAAGUAAAAUGUAAAUUGUAAGAUCCACGUCAUAUUGGAUCAAGAGAUACAAAUGCCAAGCUGAAAAUUCCAGACAUAAUAAUGUUGUUACAGAGACUGACUUAUACAUAUGAAACAUAAUAAUGUAGACACAACAAAAUAGUGCCAUU